CCAUCUUUAAGCAGCUUUUCUGUUGAAUUGGUUGAAGGUUACAGUGGUACCGAGAGCUAUUUCAAGGAUCCGUUACCAUACAAGACAGUAAAUAAGAAUAGCAAUACCUCAUUGACAACUACUUAUCGUCACUCUGACAGUUUGGCGUGAGGUGCGUCUUUUGGUUUUUGCAAAUUCUUUCGAUUAGAAAUAGGGAGUUUGGAAUAUAAUAGUUUUCUUUUGGAGUAUCUAUCUUAUAAAGCUAUCUAUUAGUAUCUCUCGCACAUAAAUCUAUAUUUCUGGCUGGUUAUCUAACUAUCGUUUCUUACUACUUUCUUCUUUCCUUUCAUAAAACAGACUUGGAGUUAGAAGUACGCCUAAACAAAGAUAUAAAAUAAACAAGAACAGAGAGAAAAAACAAACAAAACCAAAACAAGUGAAACUAAAAUCAAAGUUAUCAAUAUUGUCAAUAAAGUAAAAUUGAAAAUAGGAGGAAUCCGGUGUUAAGAGCAGCGAAACGGUAACAUCAUCAUUAUUAACACCACCACCAACAACAACGACAGCCAAAGGAUUAAAAAAAUAUAUCUAUGAAACCGGUCGAUCGAUAAAAUCAACAGAUUUCCUAUCUUAUUCACAAAAAGUCGUCAACUUAUAAACUGAGAAACUCAUAAUUUCGACGGAAUAACAAAAAGUAAUGAAUUAUUGGAUAGUCAGCAACUAAAAUUAAAGCAGACAUGGGUCACACAUUAUCAGAACCUGUGACUUCGAAGACUACGUCCAGUUGUGAAAACCAUUAUGUAAAAGUUGGUUCAUCUUGCAUGCAAGGAUGGCGAAUCAAUAUGGAAGAUGCGCAUACACAUUUACUGUCUUUACCAUCAGAUAGAGAUUGUUGCUAUUUUGGAGUUUUUGAUGGACAUGGAGGGGCUAAAGUUGCUCAGUAUGCAGGGAAUAACUUGCACAAAAGAAUAGUCUGCAGUGAAUAUUACAGUCGUGGAAACAUUGCAGAGGCUUUACGGCAAGGAUUUUUGCAAUUAGAUACUGAAAUGUUGAAAGAUGAUACAAUGAAAGAUGAACUGGCUGGUACCACAGCUCUUGUAGUUUUGCUGAAAAAUAAUAAGCUCUAUUGUGGUAAUGUUGGUGAUUCUCGUGCAGUAGCUAGUGUAGCAGGUAUGGUGGAAGUAUUAUCGUUUGAUCACAAACCAAGCAAUGAUAAUGAAACCCGACGAAUUGUUGCAGCUGGAGGUUGGGUGGAACUGAACCGAGUUAAUGGGAAUUUGGCACUGUCAAGAGCUUUAGGAGAUUUUGUUUUCAAGAAGAAUGAUAAGAAAAAACCAGAAGAACAGAUUGUAACAGCAUUCCCAGAUGUUGUAGAGAAAGACAUCACCCUAGAUUGGGAAUUUAUAGUUUUAGCUUGUGAUGGUAUAUGGGAUGUCCUGGAAAAUGAAGAUGUUGUGAAAUUUAUACGAGCUCGCAUUGCACAAAGGAUGCCGCCAGAAACAAUAUGUGAAGAACUGAUGACAGCCUGUCUGGCUCCUGAUUGUAACAUGGGUGGUCUUGGCUGUGACAACAUGACCGUUGUUCUUGUUUGCUUUCUACAUGGAGGGACAUAUGAUGAAUUGGCCAAGAAAUGUGCUAGACCAGUAACUCACUCUAUAAGUGCUCUUCACAAUGAUAACUCUUUAAAUUCUUUAGACUUGAAAUAGUAAGACUGACACCCAUAGCCUAGUAGUUGUUGUUGUUAACAUUGAUGUUAAUGUUGUUUUGUUGUGUUGGACAUUGUUAAUAAAUACAUUGAAAUGUUGA